ACUAGACACCCAAUCACUACCAACUUUAAAAAUAUAAUAACUCUAAAUAAAUAAAAGAUCAAACUGGAAUCCAAACAGGCUGUUCACUCUCAAGGUGGAUUCUCUCUCUCUCUGUGCUAAGAUCGAAAGGGGAAAGAGACAGAGAUCAAAGAUGGGUCAGAAGAUCCUCGCCGAUCCUCUUCUAGAGACCAACCAAGUAACUGUCGGAGAAACCAAGAAACAGAGAAGUAACCUAACCGUUACUCUUUCUCUGGUUUUGUUUCUAUGUCUGGGAACUUCAGGUUUUUACUGCUUUACUGACAACAUAACAGUCUGGUUGUCAAAUCUUGCAACCAAUGACCACAGUCUUAGCCAUGGAAUCCAUGGUGACGCGAUCGAAUCAGAGAACGGUGUUGUCGCAGCUGACGACGGUCGGUGCUCUGAGAUUGGCGCUUCUUUCCUCAGAAAAGGCGGUCACGCCGUGGACGCCGCCGUAGCUACUACCUUAUGCGUCGGUGUUGUUAAUCCGAUGGCUAGUGGCAUCGGUGGUGGAUCGUUCUUGAUCGUUAGCUCGUCGGAAGAUUCCAAAGCUGAGGCUUUUGACAUGAGAGAAACGGCUCCAUUAGCUGCUUUUAAGGAUAUGUACAAGAACGAUGCGAAUGCAAAAUCCACCGGAGCAUUGUCAAUGGGAGUUCCCGGAGAGCUAGCAGGACUUCACGAGGCUUGGAAACGUUACGGACGUCUUCCAUGGAAACCACUAUUCAAGCCAGCAAUCAAGCUAGCACGAGAAGGUUUCAUCGUAGCUCCAUAUCUAGGACGUGCCAUAUCAACCCACUCUUCUAAGAUACUCAAAGACAAAGGCCUACGAAGCAUCUUCUCAAGAAACGGACAAGUUUUGAAACCAGGAGACACUUGCUAUAACCGGGAGCUAGCUCGGAGCCUAGAGACGAUCUCCGAGCUAGGUCCUGAGGGGUUCUACAACGGGACAGUAGGGGAGAAGCUUGUCAGCGACGUGAAAAUGGCGGGAGGGAUCAUAACGAUGGAUGACCUAAGAAGCUAUAAAGUUCGAGUAACGGAUGCAAUGGCCGUGGACGUUAUGGGCUACACUAUUCAUGGAAUGCCACCUCCUUCGAGCGGAACAGUUGGUUUCCCGAUGGUUAUCAACAUCUUAGACAGCUACUCGGAGUUAUACACUGCUUCGGGAAGUGAUCUUGGUUUGCACCGUUUGAUAGAAGCGAUGAAACAUAUGUUAGCUGCUCGUAUGGAUCUUGGAGACCCUGAGUUUGUCAACGUAACAAACGCUAUGAACCAAAUGCUCUCUAAGCCACGUGCUGAGGAGAUAAGGAAGAGGAUCUUGGACAACACUACGUUCCCUCCCGAGUAUUAUUUGAGCCGUUGGAGCCAGCUUAGAGACCAAGGGACGAGUCAUUUCUGCAUUGUGGAUGGGGAUAGAAACAGUGUGUCUUUGACAUCGACAGUGAACUACCCUUUUGGCGCUGGAGUUUUGUCUACUUCCACGGGGAUUUUGCUAAACAACGAGAUGGAUGAUUUCUCUGUACCGGAGAUCACUCCUGAUGAUCUCCCUCCUGCGCCUACUAACUUCAUUGUGCCAAACAAAAGACCGUUGUCUUCCAUGACACCUCUUGUUAUCACCAAGGAGGGUGAGUUGGUGGCGGUGGUUGGAGGAAGUGGAGGAACGAAUAUAAUUGCGGCGGUGAUUCAAGUUUUCCUUAACUGCUUUGUGAUGAAGAUGAAGCCUUUAGAAGCUGUAGCGAGUGCAAGAGUUUACCAUAAGUUAAUACCUAAUGUUGUUCGAUAUGAAAACUUCACUGCAAUUAAUGGGGAUCACAUAGGAGUUACCAAAGACAGCAAGAUGUUUCUGGAAGAGAAGGGACAUGAACUGGAGGAGAUGUCGUCAGGUGGAGCUAUUGUUCAACUUAUUGUUCAGAGUUUCAAGGAAGAUGAAGAUAAAGAGAUAGUCACUGACUUUGGAAGGAAACUUGGUAGAGAUUUUAUUAAGAAACCAAAACCAUUCAAGGGAUUACUCACUGCAGUUAGUGAUCCUCGUAAAGAUGGGAAGCCAGCUGCAGUUUGAUUUGUUAACGUUCUCAUUCAAGUCCCAUUCUCCUAUCAUGAUGUAAAGUCUAAUAAGAAAUUGAACCAAAACAUUUCCUUAUAUAUUUGUUCUCAUAAGUGUAAAUUACAGUUUGGUAA